UUUAUGCCAACGUGGCUUCAUUCAUACAGAUGAACCAAGGAUUGGGAUAGCAGUAUAAAAUUAGGAUUCAGACAGCUGACUGCCCGACAGGAUGCCAUCAACUAACAAAGCGGGCAGCCUGAAGGACCCUGAAAUUGCAGAGCUCUUCUUCAAAGAAGAUCCAGAGAAGCUCUUCACAGAUCUCAGAGAAAUUGGCCAUGGAAGCUUUGGAGCCGUAUAUUUUGCACGAGAUGUGCGUACCAAUGAAGUGGUGGCCAUCAAGAAAAUGUCUUAUAGUGGAAAGCAGUCUACUGAGAAAUGGCAGGAUAUCAUUAAGGAAGUCAAGUUUCUACAAAGAAUAAAACAUCCCAACAGUAUAGAAUACAAAGGCUGCUAUUUACGUGAACACACAGCAUGGCUUGUAAUGGAAUAUUGUUUAGGAUCUGCUUCAGAUUUACUAGAAGUCCACAAAAAGCCAUUACAAGAAGUGGAGAUAGCAGCAAUUACACAUGGUGCUCUCCAGGGAUUAGCCUACUUACAUUCUCAUACCAUGAUCCAUAGAGAUAUCAAAGCAGGAAAUAUCCUUCUGACAGAACCAGGCCAGGUGAAACUUGCUGACUUUGGAUCUGCUUCCAUGGCAUCUCCUGCCAAUUCUUUUGUGGGAACGCCAUAUUGGAUGGCCCCAGAAGUAAUUUUAGCCAUGGAUGAAGGACAAUAUGAUGGCAAAGUAGAUGUAUGGUCUCUUGGAAUAACAUGUAUUGAACUAGCGGAAAGAAAGCCUCCUUUAUUUAAUAUGAAUGCAAUGAGUGCCUUAUAUCACAUAGCCCAAAAUGAAUCCCCUACACUACAGUCUAAUGAAUGGUCUGAUUAUUUUCGCAACUUUGUAGAUUCUUGCCUCCAGAAAAUCCCUCAAGAUCGUCCUACAUCAGAGGAACUUUUAAAGCACAUGUUUGUUCUUCGGGAGCGCCCUGAAACAGUGUUAAUAGAUCUCAUUCAAAGGACAAAGGAUGCAGUAAGAGAGCUGGACAAUCUGCAGUAUCGAAAGAUGAAGAAACUCCUUUUCCAGGAGGCACAUAACGGACCAGCAGUAGAAGCACAGGAAGAAGAAGAGGAACAAGAUCAUGGUGUUGGCCGGACAGGAACAGUAAAUAGUGUUGGAAGUAAUCAGUCUAUUCCUAGUAUGUCCAUCAGUGCCAGCAGCCAAAGCAGUAGUGUUAAUAGUCUUCCAGAUGCUUCAGACGACAAGAGUGAGCUAGACAUGAUGGAGGGAGACCACACAGUGAUGUCUAACAGUUCUGUCAUCCAUUUAAAACCUGAGGAGGAAAAUUACAGAGAAGAAGGAGAUUCUAGAUCAAGAGCAUCAGAUCCACAAUCUCCACCCCAAGUAUCUCGUCACAAAUCACACUAUCGUAAUCGAGAACAUUUUGCUACAAUACGGACAGCAUCACUGGUAACAAGGCAAAUGCAAGAACAUGAGCAGGAUUCUGAGCUUAGAGAACAGAUGUCUGGCUAUAAGAGAAUGAGGCGGCAACAUCAAAAGCAACUGAUGACUCUGGAAAAUAAGCUAAAGGCUGAGAUGGAUGAACACCGCCUCAGAUUAGACAAAGACCUUGAAACGCAACGAAACAAUUUUGCUGCAGAAAUGGAGAAACUUAUCAAGAAACAUCAGGCUGCUAUGGAAAAAGAGGCUAAAGUGAUGGCCAAUGAAGAGAAAAAAUUUCAGCAACAUAUUCAGGCCCAACAGAAGAAAGAACUGAAUAGCUUUCUGGAGUCUCAGAAAAGGGAAUAUAAACUUCGAAAAGAGCAACUUAAGGAGGAGCUGAAUGAAAACCAGAGCACCCCCAAAAAAGAAAAACAAGAGUGGCUUUCAAAGCAGAAGGAGAAUAUACAGCAUUUCCAAGCAGAAGAAGAAGCUAACCUUCUUCGACGUCAGAGACAGUACCUAGAGCUGGAAUGCCGUCGCUUCAAGAGAAGAAUGUUACUUGGGCGUCAUAACUUGGAACAGGACCUUGUCAGGGAGGAGUUAAAUAAAAGGCAGACUCAGAAGGACUUAGAGCAUGCUAUGCUACUGCGACAGCAUGAAUCCAUGCAAGAACUGGAGUUCCGCCACCUCAACACAAUUCAGAAGAUGCGCUGUGAAUUGAUCAGAUUGCAGCAUCAAACUGAGCUCACCAACCAGCUGGAAUAUAAUAAACGAAGAGAAAGAGAACUAAGGCGAAAGCAUGUCAUGGAAGUUCGACAACAGCCUAAGAGUUUGAAGUCUAAAGAACUCCAAAUAAAAAAGCAGUUUCAGGAUACCUGCAAAAUCCAAACCAGACAGUACAAAGCAUUAAGAAAUCACCUUCUGGAGACUACACCAAAGAGUGAGCACAAAGCUGUUCUGAAACGGCUCAAAGAGGAGCAGACCCGGAAGUUAGCCAUCUUGGCUGAGCAGUAUGAUCACAGCAUUAAUGAAAUGCUCUCCACACAAGCCCUGCGUUUGGAUGAAGCACAGGAAGCAGAGUGCCAGGUUUUGAAGAUGCAGCUGCAGCAGGAACUGGAGCUGUUGAAUGCAUAUCAGAGUAAAAUCAAGAUGCAAGCUGAGGCACAACAUGAUCGAGAGCUUCGGGAGCUUGAACAGAGAGUCUCUCUCCGCAGGGCACUUUUAGAACAAAAGAUUGAAGAAGAGAUGUUGGCUUUGCAGAAUGAACGUACAGAACGAAUACGAAGCCUGCUGGAGCGUCAAGCCAGAGAAAUUGAAGCUUUUGACUCUGAAAGUAUGAGACUAGGUUUUAGUAACAUGGUCCUUUCUAAUCUCUCCCCUGAGGCAUUCAGCCACAGCUACCCGGGAGCUUCUGGUUGGUCUCACAAUCCUACUGGGGGUCCUGGACCUCACUGGGGUCAUCCCAUGGGUGGCCCCCCACAAGCUUGGGGCCAUCCAAUGCAAGGUGGACCUCAGCCGUGGGGUCACCCUUCAGGGCCAAUGCAAGGGGUACCUCGAGGUAGCAGUAUGGGAGUCCGUAACAGCCCCCAGGCUCUGAGGCGGACAGCUUCUGGGGGACGGACGGAGCAGGGCAUGAGCAGAAGCACGAGUGUCACUUCACAAAUAUCCAAUGGGUCACACAUGUCUUAUACAUAACUUAAUAAUUGAGAGUGGCAAUUCUGCUGGAGCUGUCUGCCAAAAGAAACUGCCUACAGACAUCGUCACAGCAGCCUCCUCACUUGGGUACUACAGUGUGGAAGCUGAGUGCAUAUGGUAUAUUUUAUUCAUUUUUGUAAAGCGUUCUGUUUUGUGUUUACUAAUUGGGAUGUCAUAGUAUUUGGCUGCCGGGUUUUGGUUUUUUUUUUUUUUUUUUAAACUUUUGGGGAAAUUUUGAGAGGGGGAGUUGAUGUUUUAAAAAAUAUGUGUGUGUGUGUACACACACAUAUAUCUCAUGCAUGUGGUAAAAAGAAAUUGACUAGAUAAGGGGGUAUUUUCUGAAUACUGCAAAAAUAAAAUGCAGCAAAGUGGC